AUGAUUCAACAAUUCUGCAGCAAAUUGAUUGCCGCUGGAUCUGCAAGCUCUCUUGCUGAAAUGUUCAGCUUGCGCAGUUUCGGCUACUCGGUCGCCAAAACGGAGGGUCCGUCAUUUAUACUUCAUUGGAGUGACGAUGACCAAGUUGUGUCGCUUGGCACGGAGCUGACGAUUAGUAUGGUGGACCAAUUCCGAACAUUAUCUGGCUACUUCAUAUCAGAAGCAGAGGCUAUGGCUCAGGAUCUGCUCUAUGGUCUUGAUCCAGUCUUGAACAUUGCUGAAAUCAAGGACAAUAUGACAAAUCGAGAAGUUGGCUAUUCGUUCGUGAAGCACGAGGAGAACGGAUUCCAAAUGGCUACAAGACAACUCCUCGCCCAAUUAAGUCAGCCUUACAGACAUCAGCCACCGCUUAUAGCCCAUAAAGGCUGGCAAUGGUCAGCUGUGAAGCACUACUUAUGUAUGGUGACUCGUUUACAAGAGUCGAUAUUUGGUGGCAAAUACACAAGCGGAGGCCAAACGCCGCGGCUGCGCGAGCUACAGUGGCUUCUAUGCGAAAACACGGCAUGGGCUUCGAGAGGCGUGUAUGUGUGGAAUGGCUCCGUGGUGUACAUCAUCAAGCACCAUAAAGCAAAGCGGAUGACGAACAAGGAGUUUUAUGUGGUCCGAUUCCUGCCACUACGGCUUGGUCUAGUGGUUAUCAAGUACCUCGCAUUUAUUCAUCCUGUAGCAGAGAUUUUACGUCGCGAGCUCCACGAACACAUGAAAAUAAGGGAACUAUGGCGGCCCACGCAUUUGCUAUUCGGAAAGAAUGAAAAGCCAUGGGCAACGUCGAAAUGUACGUCCAUUCUGCAAGCAGCAGCACAUGGCGUAUGGAAACAGAGGAUAACUAGUCAAAUGUACCGGCAAAUUGCUAUUGGCAUAACAGAAAAGCACGUGCGAGAAGUCUACACCCCUUUUAACCAAUAUGACGAAAAGAGCCCAGCAGCCGAUAAGAACGUCGCAUUUGCGAUGCAGAGCGGGCAUAAGGUUAUUCAACGUAACACGACAUACGGUCUUGAUGGUGCCUCCCGCAUCGGUUGCAGCCAUCACUGCUUCGUGCUUAUGAGUGGGCUUCAACCGAGUGGCAUGCAUUCAUCCACCAGGCAAUGUGAAGAAGAAAGCUAUCCCAAACGAAGGCAGAGUUACAAGAAACGACCAAAGACCUCAUUACUUUCCGGAGCCCCCACAGGCUCGGCAUAUGCCUUCUGUACUAAAGGCCGAGAGCUGUACGCAAUCAAGACUCUAUGCCAGUUCUGGGACAUUCAGAGUCCGGAUACUGUCGAGCUGCCUGAAGUAACGUCAUGCUUUAUUUUCUCCGCUUUAGAGGCGUAUUUUCGAGGACGACCAACCUUUUUGUGUUUCUUUGGCAUGACUGGCGUUCAGCUACGGACCUUGGGUAUCAUCAAGUCUUAUCUCCAUCAUUCCCAAAUCUUCGUUUUCUUCGGAUCCAUCCUAGGAACUUACUGCAAAGGCUUUUCCAAGAAGACCUCGCCCAAGGCCUCUAAAGUCUCCGCCGCUGCACCCAGCCCUGCCAGGAUAACGACCAUGCCUUCAGAGCCAGCUACAUUGCCAUCGAGGCAUUCUUCAGCUACGCCGCUGCCUCCGACCCUGUCAGAUUAA